CCUGAAAUUCUUCUUCAGCAAACUCCAAAAAACUCAAUUUUGCGAAAUUUCAACUGAAACAUUGGAAUUUCCUUCAUUUUUCUGCUUCUCAUUCAUUUUUUUUCUGUUUCAUUUGUGUUUUCCAUAAACUCUCACAAUGCCUUACGCUCCCGGUGACGAAAAGAAAGGUGCUUCCUUGUUUAAGACGCGUUGCGCCCAAUGCCAUACUAUCGAGAAGGGUGGUGCUCACAAGGUUGGUCCCAACUUGCAUGGCGUCUUUGGCCGUAAGACUGGUCAAGCUGAGGGCUACGCUUAUACCGAAGCCAACCGCGACAAGGGUAUUACUUGGGAUGAAAACACUUUGUUUGAUUACCUCGAAAACCCCAAGAAAUACAUUCCCGGUACCAAGAUGGCAUUCGCUGGUUUCAAGAAGCCCGCUGACCGUAACAAUGUUGUUACUUACUUGAAGAACGCUACCUCUGAUUAAGUUGGAUCAGUUAUUUCAUUGAUUGAUUGAUCCAUCUAUUAGUUGAUUAGUUGAUGGAUGGAUGGAUGAUUGAUUGUAUUUAUCGCAUUCGUUCAUUUCUAUCAUCUCCAAUCCUCAAUUUCUUUACUUUUCUUAUUCAAAUGUCAAUCUCAUCUCCACUCAUUCACUUUUUCUUCCGUUUUUCUUAUGUUUGUUGUCUGUUUACGAGUUCGGUAGACUGAAUAUGUAGUCUCGAUAAUUCGUCUUAACCGUGGAAAUUUGAAAUCCAUUCAUUCACAUUGGUUUGUUUUACUUUGCCCAACUGGAUUUUUGAUUCGAUAUGCACAGGAAAAAGGAAAGUCAUUUCCAGAAAAAGAUGAUUGUUUUUUGUUUUCCCUUUUUUUGAUGGAAAACAACCAUUUCUGAUUUCCCUUCAUCCUUUUUUUUUUCUCUCAUUCCUUGCCUUCCUUUUUUUCCGUUUUCUCUUCUGUUUUGCCCGCUGCUUACUUGCUUACUUGCUUGCUUUGUAUGCUCACUAGGAAUGAAUAAAAACUUUCUCUUUUUUUUUGAUAUUUUUCCACCAUACAUGCUAUGCUUUCUAUUGUCAGAGGUUUCUUUUUCAUCCUGUUUAGCAUCAUUCUCUUUUGUACGCUUCCAACCGCCUGUUUGACUGCCUCUUGUAGCAUGGAAAGCGAAACUCGCUAAAACCUUGUCGAAUCUCCUCGACUUUGGCCGCCAAGGUAAAUAAAGUCUUUUGUAACCAAAAAUAUCAUACAUCCUUUUCUUCUUUAAGUCAAC